AUGUUCUCCGUAGCACUGCGCUGCCACAGCAAACGAUUUCGACCCCCAAACUACUCGGCCCUGGCGGCAUCUUGCAGCUUGAGUCAUGCAGUUCCGCGAACGACCUUUACACAUCCAGCUUCUCCUGCCAAGAUACAGUUGAGAAACGCGGCCCAAGCCAAUGGCACGUGGCGCCCGGUUUCUGUAUUGGACGAAUGGGUUGCAAAGGAGGCGCGCCCAAUCAGCUUGCGCCAGCUGAUGGUCUUUGGACGCUCGCUGACCGAGUCGCGAUUGAUAAGCUCUGCCAACUACGUGCGCACCGAGCUUCCAGUCAGAAUAGCGCAUCGCAUCCGCGACAUGCAGAAGCUCCCCUACGUCGUCGUAACGAACCGACACAUCGAAGAAGUCUACAAGCUCUACUACAAUGCCUUUGACACAUUUCGCAAGUUCAAAGAGAUCAAAACCCUGGAAGACAAUGACAAAUUCUGCGCCGUCAUCACCCAGAACCUCAAGGGCCACCUGACCGUCAUCCCCAAGCUCGCAAUGGGCAUCCUCGAGUGCGGCGGCCUUAUGGACCCAAAAGAGCUGGACCAUUUUAUGAAUGUCAUACUCCGAUCGCGCAUCUCUAGACGAGUCAUCGCGGAGCAGCACCUCUCCCUCACGGAAACUUUCCACUCUGCCUACUUCUCUCCCGGCGCUGAGCUCUCCGAAUCCGACUUCAUCGGCGAAGUCUUCAUCAAAUGCUUCGCCAAAGACGUCAUAAGCCGCUGCGCCAAAGCCGUCACCCAGCUCGCCCGCACCACAAACGGUCCCGACGUCCAAGUCCCCGAGAUCAAAAUCGACGGCCACCUCAACGCGAGCUUCCCUUACAUCCUCAGCCAUCUCGAGUACAUUGUCGGCGAGCUCCUGCGCAACUCCGUCCAGGCCGUCAUCGAGCACCACCAGAAACAGCCCGACCACGCCUCUUCUCCCCCCCCUCCCAUCGAAGUCACAAUAUGUGAGGCCCAGGAGCACGUCAUCAUCCGCAUAUCCGACCGCGGCGGCGGCAUCCCGCGCGAGGAGCUCCCGUACCUCUGGUCCUUCAGCAAGGGCCCCCAAAGCCAGAAGCGCCUCAAGAACCUCGGCCAGGUACCCCGAAUGGCCGCCACCAUGCAGGAGCUGCACGUCACCGACGAGCUCGGCCGAGCGGACCUCAAAGCGCCCACGUACCUAGGCUCUCUAUCAAGCCUCACCAGUCGGCCUCCUAAUUUGCGUCUUGGUAUGGGCCUUCCCCUGAGCCGCGUGUAUGCCGAGUACUGGGCUGGCUCUUUGAAUCUACACAGCUUAGAAGGGUACGGUGUCGAUGCAUUCUUGCAGAUUUCGAGGCUGGGAAACAAGAAUGAGCAGCUCACCACCAGAGCUAGCAUGGACGCUGUUUAG